AUGGCUUCAACCUCGAGUCAAACUCGAUCUUCGGCCACAACUACUGUUCUCCCAACCUCAUUAUCAGAGGCUCAGGGACUCCUAGCUGGUAUCAAAUCAAAAUCUACGCUCCCUUCGUUUUUCGAGAGCCCCAAAUAUCAAAAACUUCUGGAUGGGGAGUACAUCCCACCUAUCCUGAGCUCUCAGAGUUCUCCUGACUACGAUGGAUCGAGUCCUCUUCUGACAUUUCUGUAUCCCCGCGGAGGAUUCCCCUUCUCCUUCGGGAGAUCAUCAAUCAUGGAUCAUCGCUCCGCUAAUAAAACUCCUUGCAAGGAAGAUCUUUCUGAUGCUCCCAAAGCUUCUUCUUCAAAGAAGAAGGUGGAGAAGCCUCUUCCUAAACCCAAAGCAACAGCUCGGUCCAAAACCACUGUUAAAGUGGUAGAGGAAUCCCGGGUUUCUCCGGAGUCAGAGGAAUCGGCGACGCCCUCUUAUCAAAUCAAACGUGUUCGUCUCCCCCCUCGCCUUUGUCAGGCCGCAAAAGGAAAAGCACGUCAGAUGGAAGUCCUGGAGGUCGAAGAAUCCGAGACAGAGGAGGAGGUUGUGCCUCCACCCUCAAAACGUCUCAAAUCUUCUAAAUCCGCUCCUACCUCCUCCAAAGCAUCGAAAUUUCGUCCUGCCCUGCUCAUCAAUGACCAGGGUCGUCUGAAAUUGCCCGGAGACUCGGUGGAGGGAUUUACUCCAUUCAAACAAAUUGAACACGCCCGAAACAGCGCCCCUUUGCAUCGUCAAAACCCCAUAUUCAAAGUGAACCCAGAGUUCCUCGAUUUAGGUGCUAUCUUGACUACUCAGAAGGCCAGUUUUACUAUGCAGGAUUUACUGCAAAUUAAUCAUACUAUUCGUGACCCUGCAAUUCCUGCGCAGGCCUGCGUUUCAGCUUUGUCUUGA